AUGAGGGAGUUCUGGCAACCUAUUUUCGUAGACCACAACACAGUACCUUCGUCACCACGAAACCAGCAACGCCUGCAGUUCUGGCAACAUGUUUUUGAAGAACACAACACAGUACCUUCGUCACCAGGAAACCAGCAACGCCUGCAGUUCUGGCAACCUAUUUUCGAGGAACCCAACACAGUACCUUCGUCACCACGAAACCAGCAAUGCCUGCAGUUCUGGCAACAUAUUUUCGAAGAACACAACACAGUACCUUCGUCACCAGGAAACCAGCAACGCCUGCAGUUCUGGCAACCUAUUUUCGAAGACCACAACACAGUACCUUCGUCACCACGAAACCAGCAACGCCUGCAGUUCUGGCAACCUAUUUUCGAGGAACCCAACACAGUACCUUCGUCACCACGAAACCAGCAAUGCCUGCAGUUCUGGCAACAUGUUUUUGAAGAACACAACACAGUACCUUCGUCACCAGGAAACCAGCAACGCCUGCAGUUCUGGCAACCUAUUUUCGAAGACCACAACACAGUACCUUCGUCACCACGAAACCAGCAACGCCUGCAGUUCUGGCAACAUGUUUUUGAAGAACACAACACAGUACCUUCGUCACCAGGAAACCAGCAACGCCUGCAGUUCUGGCAACAUGUUUUUGAAGAACACAACACAGUACCUUCGUCACCAGGAAACCAGCAACGCCUGCAGUUCUGGCAACCUAUUUUCGAAGAACCCAACACAGUACCUUCGUCACCACGAAACCAGCAACGCCUGCAGUUCUGGCAACCUAUUUUCGAGGAACCCAACACAGUACCUUCGUCACCACGAAACCAGCAAUGCCUGCAGUUCUGGCAACAUAUUUUCGAAGAACACAACACAGUACCUUCGUCACCAGGAAACCAGCAACGCCUGCAGGUAGAUUUCUGUUGGUUUUGUCAUUUUGAUGCUUUAGAAGCGUCACGACGUGCAAUACUGUUGGCUGGUCCAGCUGAUGCUUGGUGACUUCGAAAA